AUGGCUCUCAUCCAAAUGGCAUUCAUCUGGGUGGCCUAUGCAGUCGCAAUAGGACUAGUAGCACUCAUCGCCGCCAUUUUUACCUACACAUACCAAACCCCGCGGGAUCGCUCUGCACUGGUUUCGACAGUCACCAUAAUAACUCUCACAUCCUUAUUGGCAACAGUCCUUCUCCUACCCGUCGAUAUUGCGCUUGUCAGCUCUACAAACUCUACAAAGCUUGGAGCGAAGAAGGACUGGGCAACACCAGAAGCAGUCCACAGGAUCUUGGUUACUCUCAAGAUUGUCUACUACAGCCUGUACAGCUUCGACGCCAUACUCUGCCUUCUUGUGGUUCCGUUUACAUACUUCUUUUACGAAGAGUACGACGAUGUCGAAGAUGAGGAAGGCACACAGACUUUCGGACAGAGAUUCCUCGGCGCUCUGAAGUAUACCGUUAUCUUCGUUAUCCUCGUAGUCAUUCUAUUCCUUGUCGGAUUCUUCGUGCCAGUCGCAAAGGAUCGCAAGGGUGCCCACUAUGAUCUGGAUUACUUCAAACGCCUUCUUGUAGAGAACCACGGGGUACGAGCAUUGACCUUUGCCCUUGGACUGCUCAUAUCUCUGGGCACGUUGCUAUACAUCUUGUAUACCGCAGCAGGAAUCGCCCUUCUUCCAAUCUCGUUCAUAAAGUCGGCACCAGCUAUCAGUGCUCCGCAACUUUCGGAAACAACAGCAACAGCUCUUGAACAGAACCGGGAGCGACAGCGUCAACUCGAGGGGCGCAAUGCUGGUCGUGAUGGCGGCAUGCCCGCCAAGGAUCAACGAGAACUUGAAGCACUCGUUCGCGAGGAACGCACUCUUGUCCGUCGUGAGCGCCUUGCUGCCGAAGCACAAGGCGAAGGCAAGAGCUUCAUUGUCCGGUCUUGGACUAAGGUCUGUGCCGUCUUCAGACCACUAAAGCUCAUUGGAGGAAUCCUUCUUUUGAUUCUUUCAAUCAUAAUUUGGGUAUCUAUCAUUAAUGUCUUCCAACCUGUCAAUUGGAUCUUCGUUCAAGCCUCACGAGUAUUCCCUAUUGACUACGUAUUGAUGCUAUUGCUGGUACUCUUCUUCUUUAGCAGCUCCGUCGCCGGCAUUGCCACUAUUGGCAUCCGCUUCCUCUGGGUCAAGCUAUUCGAGAUCCGCAAGGGUCACACCUCUCCCCAGGCAAUGCUUGUGGCAACUGUCAUGUUGACUUUGAUCAUGCUAGCAAUCAAUUACUCCAUCGCCAUGAUGGUCGCUCCUCAAUACGCAAUCUAUGGCGCUCAAACUUUCUGCAGCCACCCGACCAGAUUCCCAGGCGAUCAACCGGACUGCUCCAAGCACCCAGAAUUGGUCAAGCCUUGCUCCGAACUUUCGUCAGGGGAUGGCUCUAAGCACGUCUGCACACCCACUGUCGUUACGACCUUCCUUAACAGGGUCACUAUCAACUUUUCAUUCUUCGGAGCCUUGACGUUCUGGGCGCAAUUCGUCUUCCUUGCGGUUUUCUUGAUUGUGUUCAUCACAUCGCUAUUCCGCACACCGAAGCUCAACCUCAGCGAAUUUGACGAGGAUGCCGAGGCAGACGAGGAGGAAGGUCUUCUUGCCAGCACCGGCAGACGAUUUGGAGCCACAUGGCAAGAUAUACGUGGCAAGACAAAGAAAACUACCGGAGCUGCAGGACGGGGUAUUCGGGGAGAUGAUAAUGGUCACGAUGGCGCUGACGACUGA